AUGGACCGACAAAAGCUUGCAAAGCUUAAAUCUAUUUCACUUGAUAAAUAUAUUCAUAAACCAAGAAAUACUUUUAAUAUUACAACUUCACCGGUGGUAACAAACGAUUUAUCUGUUGAAGACUCUUCAUUGUUGCAACAAUCAACAACAUCACCACCAACAGAACUUUCAAAAAAUGUAAUCAAAAACGAUAAUAGUAGUAGUAUUAGCAGAUAUAGCAAUAAUAGUAAUAGUAAUGAUAAUGAUGCAAUAAGAUCAAAUAAUAAUACAUCAGAUGAUGAGUUUCAAUUUCUAGCUUCACAAGAAGAAGAAGAAGAAGAAAAGAUAAAACAAAAUGAACAACAAAAAUAUAAAGAAUGUCCUGUCUGUUUCGAGAAAAUAGAUUCAUCAGAUUUUCAAAGACAUCUUCAACAAGAACUUAAAGAUCAAUAUGAAAUUGAAAGUAACAUCAGAGUAAAGAAUGAACAAAGGUUAAUCAAUAAUAACAACAACAACAACAAUAAUAAUAAUAAAUCAAAGAGUAAUAGUAAUAAAAAUAGUAGUAGUAUAACUAGUAAAUCAAAGAAACAACAACAUUUGUAUAUAGACCAAGCAGAAACAAUUGAUAGUGAUGAUGAUGGUGACGAUGAUUUCAAACCAAUUCAACAUCAAGAUAAGAGAAUUAAAUCAGUUAUAUCGUCAUCAUCAACGACAACAGCAAUAACUACAACACCAAAAUCAAAGAAAUUAUCUUUUAUUGGUGAUGAAGAUAUAGAUGAUAUCGAUUAUAUGAUUAAUAGCAAUAAUAAUAAUAACAAUAAUAACAACAAUAAUAAUAAUAAUAGUAAAAUAAAAAAAUAUGAUAAUUUUGAAGAAGAAGAAGAUAUAGAUUUUACACAGAAUCCAAGUAGGAAUCAGACAUUUGAUAAUGUAGGGUAUAGAAGGAAUCUUGAGGAGAUAAUAGAUCUCGAGGAACCUGCACUUAGAUAUCCUGAGAUUAGGUCUCCAAGUACAGCAUCAGCAACGACAACAACGACAACAACAACAACAACAACAGCUGCUGCAUCAUCAACAUCACCAUCUUCAUUAAGAUUAUUGACACCACUUAAACUUUUACCAAGACCAACAAACACAAUGACAACAUCAAAUAUUACACCAUUCAAAUCAUUAUCAUCAUUUAAUAAUAAUAAUAACAAUUUUACAUCUCCAAAGAAAACAAUACCUACAUUAUCAUCAUCAUCAUCAUCACCAUUUAAACAAAAGACAACAUCAUCGGCAUCACCACCGAAAACAACACCAAAGAAAUUUUGGAAAAAGAAAAGAAGCUGGCAUUCAUCUCCAAGAGGGAGUCGACAAAAGGAGGAGGAGGAUCAACAACAAGAAUCAAAGUCAAGCACGAGCAUUGAUGGCAAGCAAUAUUACUACAGUACAGACUGCGCAACCAAUAUAUCAGAUAUACACAAUGAUGAUGACUUCACCUUUGAUGGCAUGGGAAUACAAGGACAGUCAUAUGACGGAUUAAGUUGGGAAACUACAAGAGAAUCGAUGAUGGACAAAUCACUAUUUAAUUUGAUAUUCAAUAAUAUCGUAUUGAAUAGAUUAAUAUUUAAUCAUAUAUAUUCAUAUGUUUAUAAAUCUGUUGGUAGAAAGAAUUUAGAUAGACGUUACAAAUGGAGUCAACUACUGACAACUCCAGAGGUGAUGGCAGGAAAUGGUUAUUUCGAUCUGUUGAAACAAUAUAUUUCCAAGAAUAAACCGUUAACUGACCCUCGUUAUUUCAAUAUAUUAAAUAAUGCUGCGUAUAUCGGUAGUCUAGAGAUGAUAAGAUAUCUAGUGGAAGAGAUUAAAAUAGAAAAGACGCUUAUGUUGAAAUCUCGGUACAACUCUCAUGGUUUGAUGUAUUACGCUACUGUGUAUGGUCGUUUGGAGAUCAUAAAGUAUAUCGAGAGUUGCUUCUCAACAGAGACUGACAAGUUGCAAUGGGACUACGAUCAUGCAUUCGUGUACGUUCCACUUUCACAGAGCAUCGAGAUCCUGAAAUACUUGGCACCAAAGACAUCGGGAAAGAGAAGUGCAACCGGUAUAACAACAUUUGACAUUGCUGUGAGAGUUGGCCGAAUUGAUAUGAUUGAAUGGUUAGAUGAACAUGGCUAUGGAUUGAGAGGAUCAAGCAACAUGUAUGUCGAAGCAGUGCAACACAAUCAACUAGCUGUACUAGAGUAUCUCAAGAGAGUAAACAAAGAUACUCAUAUUUUCGAGAAUGGUGUUUACAAACUGUUGGACAUGGCAGCAGAGUAUAAUAAUAUCGAAAUUUUAAAAUGGCUUCACAAUAAUAAUAUUGGUGUUUGCUCUGUAUCCGCCAUGAAUCAAGCUGCAUUUCACGGCCAUUUAGAAAUCAUCAUCUGGUUGAAUCAAAAUAGAAGUGAAGGGUGUGAUACUGAGGCAAUGGAUAACGCAGCAUACAUGGGGCAUCUGGAUGUUGUAAAAUGGUUGAACGAGAAUCGUACAGAAGGUUGUUCAAAGGCUGCAAUUGAUGAUGCUGCAUAUGAAGGACACCUCGAUGUAAUUGAAUACCUGACAAAAAAUCAAACUAAUGCAGUUUGUACUCAUCAAGCAAUAGAUGACGCUGCACAUCAAGGUCAUCUCGAUGUCAUCAAAUACCUACUGACAAACCGUACCGAAGGUUUUACAGACGAGGCACUAGAGAAUGCCGAAUUAAACGGUCACACCGAGGUAAUAAAGUUUUUAAAAGAUUACAGUGGAACUUGA